UCUCAUCAUUCUCUCGCUUUUUCUCAAGACUAAUAAUACACCAUCCAUAUCCUUCAAUUCACUUUACUUACCUUAUCAACACAUGUGAUCAUAUUUCUUUCAUUAGCAUCUUCUCCUUUCAUCACAUUCAGUUUAUUCCUUGCGGUUUGGAAAAUCACAACAUGCUCAUGCAGUUCGAAGUACGGAGGCCAAGGCCAAUGAGCAAAAGUACUAAAGAUCAAUAUGGAUUGCCUUUUGAGGCACCCAACAUCAAUACUGUUAAAAAGGAGCAGUCCAAAUCAAUAUCGGCAUCGCCGAGUUCUUCAAGAAAGUUACCUCAAUCUUUCAAUACAAAAUUACCUUCUAAAACAUCAACCUCUUUAGAAGCCAUUAAUUCUCAAUCACCAUUAUUAAACCACAACAGAUUUGACCCCAUAGCAGCCUUGGAAUAUGCACCUGAACCAAGUUCAAUACCUUCUCCAAAGCAAAUCUCUCAAAAUCUAUCCAAAAAUAUUACCCAUAAUACCAAUCCAGUUACUACUCCCUCAGACUCAAGAUCUUAUGAGUUAAAUUAUAUUACCAAAGAUAACCACAUAGAUGUUAUGCCAAUAGAGCCAGAAUGGAAAAACCUAUCCAGAGAACAAUUACUCAAUACCAUUUUCCCCAAAGACACCCAUUAUCAAAAUUUCCUUAAAACUAGAAUUUUUUAUGAAUUCAUUCUAGUAGAUACAGAAUUAAUAGAUUUAUUUCAUUCCAGAGACAAAGAAAGCAAUAUCAUUUACUCCAAAGCCAAAAUUCUUAAAAUUAUGACUCCUGAAGAAUGGGGACAACCCAUUUACCAACCAAAAUCUUUCUCUAGACAAUUCCAACCCCAAACCUACACAUAUUAUGAUUAUACUAUGGCAUGGACUUACAUGUUAUACCUCAAACCCAAAACACAUUCAUGGUUCUUUUGGUUCCGCAGAGGAAUCUCAUUAAAAUUCCCAAAAUGGUUUCUUCAGUGGUUCUACACAUGGGGACCCAUCAGAGAAUUAUUUCCACAAGAAGUUUCAGAAAAUUUUGAUUAUUUCAAGGAAAUUACCACUUUCCUUCCAAAUUACAAAAUGAUUACUUUUGUUGCCUCCCAAAAUAUCACCUGGAUUGUUACUUGGGAUUACAUCUUUAGACAACCUUAUGACAAUGUUCCAUUAAGAGUUCUUUCCAGAUGCAUUAAAGUUAAAUGGUGGAAUAAGUUCGAUAUGAAUCUCAUCAACAAAGCAAGAAUUAAAGAAUGGGUUCAAAGUAAUUCUCCAGCAAUUAUGACCCAAGAAAAUAAGAAAAGAAUUUCAAAAGACUCUCAAUUUUUGGCUGAGAAAAGUAAAAUUAUGGCAGAAUUAGCCUCUGCAUCAUCACAAGAAGAGUUUGAAGAGAGACUCCGAUUAGUUCGAGCUCUCCAAGACCCAGAAGCCCAAGAAGAAACUGGUUCUUCUGAAUCGGUAUCCACAAACCCAUAUCUUAAAAAUGAAGAUAUGUAUUAUUGAUACAUUCAAGAUUAGCAAGACACCUGUUCGGAUUAGAUUUUGCCAACACUCUCAAUAAUGUUGAUCAAAAGUCAAAAAGCAAAAGUUCCAUCAGACCUAGACAAAAUAAUUACUACAAGAUAAAAUAAGUCCUAUCAGAUCAAGACAGGUUAAUAGCUGUGCAACAAGACAAAAGACUUUCGACGAUAUCUUAUCUCUUGAAGUCUUUACUGUGUAAAUUAUUGUACUAAUUUUUAGUUUCCUAGUUUGCCCUUAAAUAAAGUAGUGAAUCACUACCCUUGUAAGUAAUUUAGAGUGUUUUACGUUUUCUAUAUAAGGAGACCCUCUCCUCUAUUGUAAAGCAUC